GGAUUAUUUUGAAUUUUUUCUUUAUACCCAAUGCAAAAGCAUCAAGUGUUAUAGUCGAAACCUCAAAUAAACUUUUGUAUUUAAUAUCCUUUGAUUGAGUGCUUUCAUAAAAUCCUAUUAUGGGAUUGCUUUAUGUGCUGAUAGUGAUUCUUCCAAUGCAUUGUGAACUGACAAUGACCACAGAAUUUUCUUUUGUUUAUCUUUUUAAUCUUUAUUAUUUAGCUCCACAAGCCUUUAGAUGCAAUUGAAUUAUAGCCUUCUAUGUAUCCUUCCCCUCAACGUUAGCAAAUUCUUGUCUUUCUGAAGUUCUGUAUCUGCCAAUGGAGCUGAAAGGCUCUUAUUUUACCAGCAACUGCAUACGUUCAUUCAUUAUGGAUGCAAAAUUUACUUUUCGUUAAACUACUUUCAGUGAGCUGAACUGUUAAACCUUGAGGCACAUUUUCUUAUAACUCUUGCAGUUGUAUUAGGAUCUUAAAAGUUAAGCAUGCUCAAACUAGCGCAUACUUGGGAUGUGCUUUCCCUUUCGAAGGGACAACAAUAGUAUAAAACUGUAAAGCUUAUUAGAUACGAGCUGACAAUGUCUCUUUCAGUAAGGGUUAAAGUUGUUAGUUGUUACACUCUUAACCAUCAGCCAUCCUACCUAUAGCAUUUACUUUGUUGGGCUGUUGAAUUGUUAGGUGACAUGCAUAAAAUCUUCCUUUUCAUGUCAGAUUUACCUCUUUACUAUGCUACCCCUGCCCAAGCUAAAAUCAUACAGGAGGAAGUAAUAUUGUAUAUUUGUAGACAAAGAUUACACUUUUUUGGACUUGCUGUUAGUAUACAGAAAUGUAUCGAAACAAAUUCUAUGAAAUAUUUUCUUUUCUACUGGCCACUCAAUCUAGGAGGGAAAGGAAGAAGUAAUCCAAGCAUGGUAUAUGGAUAACACGGAAGAAGACCAGAGGCUUCCCCAUCACCGCAAGCCAAAGCAGUUUGUUUCUAUGGACAAACUUGCAGAACUCGGUGUUCUCAGCUGGAGGCUAAAUGCUGAUGACUAUGAAAAUGAUGAUGCUCUGAAAAAGAUUCGUGAAGCCAGGGGCUACUCUUACAUGGACAUCUGUGAAGUUUGCCCAGAGAAGCUGCCAAAUUAUGAAGCCAAGAUCAAGAGCUUCUUUGAGGAACAUUUGCACACUGACGAAGAGAUUCGUUACUGCCUUGAAGGAAGCGGUUAUUUUGAUGUGAGGGAUGAAAAUGACCAAUGGAUUCGGGUAGCUGUGAAGAAAGGGGGAAUGAUUGUCUUGCCUGCAGGAAUUUACCAUCGAUUUACUCUAGACACAAAUAACUACAUUAAGGUUCAUCAUUUUUACCCUCAAUUGAGCCUCCUUAGCACCUCCGCAA